AUGGGCAUGACAGAUUACAAGCCAGCUUGCUGGAAGGCGUGCGCCCCGGCUUUGCUGUGCUUACUUCAUUUUAUGAAGUUGCUGUGCAAGGAGACCCCAGGCGGGAACAGGCUAUCCUGCAUCAGUUUUGCUGGUAUGCAAAAACUGUUGGCCCAGGCUUUUGACCAUAGGCCCAUGCGUCGUUUCAUCACCCGCAGUACAGCGAAUUUGCAGCCACAAGUGUGGCAAGACGAGGUUUCUGCAUUCAUGCACGGGAAAGGGAAGCCGGAAGCUUUUUAUGUGGAAGGAUUAUGA